CCCGAUUGUCAUCGCUCUUCUUCCCAACUUUGGCAACACACAGAAGGAAAAAGGGGGGAAACAAUAAUGGGUCCUCUCGCAAUCCUUGUCUGCUUCAGCUGCCCAAUCCUUGUUCUGGGUUUGCUCGCAUUCCUGAACAAGACGCUAAGGAAGCCAAUCCUGCGUCAACGAGAGUUCAAUGCGCGAGGAAUCAGAGGCCCACCGUACAAAUUCCUAUUCGGAAACGCCAGAGAGAUUCAGAAGAUGAAAACGGCCGCCGCGGCCAAACCCAUGUCUAAUCUAUCCCACGAAAUUCGUACAAGGUUGGAGCCUCAUCUGGCCACAUGGACAGAGGCGUACGGCAAGAAUUUCGUGUUCUGGAUGGGGCCUGAGCCCAUCCUGGUAGUGACAGAGCCAGAGCUGGUGAAAGUGGUGGGGAAUAAUGCAGAGAAGGUGUAUCAGAAAUUGGAGGCAGAGGGUUACAUCAAGAAGCUGUUUGGAGAUGGGCUGGUGACGUCGAGAGGAGAAAAGUGGGCCAAGAUGAGGAAAUUGGUCAACCACGCUUUCCAGGGCGACAGCCUAAAGAGCAUGGUUCCAGCAAUGGUCGCUAGCACGGAGGUGAUGCUCCAGAGGUGGGAGGAUCAUGGAGGGGAAGAGAUUGAGGUGUUUGAAGAAUUCAGCUUGUUUACUGCUGAAGUUAUCUCCAGGACGGCUUUCGGGAGUAGUUACUUUCAAGGGAAACUCGUCUUUGAUGGAUUAGCCAAGCUGCUCCAACUCGCAACUAAACAUGCUUUGAACAUCCAGAUUCCCGGCUUGAGUUUAACUUGCAGCAAGGUUUACAAACCCAAGGAUGAGAUUGAAGCAGAGAAACUUGAGCAACAGAUACGGGACGUGAUCAUUGCAAUGGUCACAAAACGCGAGGAGAUGGUGACGAAUGGAGAUUUAGAUAGUUGUGGAAGUGAUUUCCUAGGAUUACUUGUGAAGGCUCGUUAUGAAGAUGAUGAAUCCAAGAGAAUUUCUGUGGAUAACGUGGUUGAUGAAUGCAAGACAUUCUACCUUGCUGGGCACGAAACAUGCGACAUUUUGCUCACAUGGGCAAUGUUACUUUUGUCGAUCCAUACAGAUUGGCAAGAGGAAGCAAGAAAAGAAGUCAUGACUCAUUUCGGCAAUAAAACUCCUGAUGCAGAUGGUAUUAUGAAGCUCAAAACAAUGACCAUGAUCAUAAACGAGACUCUACGCUUGUACCCUCCUGCAUUUGAAAUGAUGCGAAAAGUGGAUAAGGAAGUUCAGCUUGGGAAAUUCCGUGUUCCGGCUAAUACAAAUAUAAUCAUCUCGUAUCUUUCCCUUCACCAUGACCCUAAAAUCUGGGGAGAAGAUGUGCACCAUUUCAAGCCCGAUAGGUUCUCUCAAGGGCUUGCCAAAGCAACAAACAACGUCCAAUCUGUGCACAUUCCCUUCGGGAUGGGGGCUCGGAUCUGUGCCGGCUACAACUUUGCACCAAUCCUAACUAAGAUUGCCCUUUCCAUGAUUCUCCAACGCUACGCGUUCACCCUCUCACCGGCGUACGUGCACUCCCCUAUUUAUGCUUUUACGAUUCGACCACAAUUCGGGGUGCAAGUUAUCUUCCAAGCUCUGUAGAAUGGAUCUUCUUGCUCUAUUUGAUGAUGG